GUGCUCGACUUUUGCGAUCCAUUGCUUUCCGGGGCCAAGCCAAUCUCCAAUCUCCGUGAAGACUUUCCGACUUCACUUGCUCCAGCACCCGAUAUUGCUGGCAUCCUCGGUAUCUGCGCCGGAGAAAGACACGGUUUCGCCUGCCAUCGUACUUGAAGGGUUGCUACCUUUUGCGACUAUCAGUAACCGAGCUGCCAUACGCCAUCGGUAGCCGAGUCCGCCGUGUGACGUCCCCGCAUCACUUCCCACGAGCACGCGAUCUGUCCUCCGCAACUUCGCGAUCUUCAAUACACUUCUCUAGAGACAUUGUCGCGCAUUGUACAAGAUGUCACAACCCGCAGCAGCAGCUGGUGCUCGCCCUGCUGCCCAGCAGCAGGAGCAAGGCGGCAUAAGCUUGACGCAAAAGCUAGCACUUGGAGCUUCCAUGUACUUCGGCAUGAACUUGCUCAUGAAUAACGUGUUCUCCAAGACUCAAUCCGGUACCCAGGUCAAAGAUGCCGACGGCAAUGUUGUCAACGUGCCCGCGAAUACCGAGGACAUUCCGCCAUACCUGCUCCGCCCCAAGGAAUUGGACGAGGGUGCAACCUGGAGCCAGAUCCCGACCAAGCUGGCACCGAUAUGGCCCAUGGAUAGCUACAUUGAUGUGAUCGUCACUCUUUCCGAUACCUUUGUUCCGAUCCCUCUGGCCCAGACGCCCCCGGAAAAAGUUGUUCUGAAGGAAGAGAAAUUCAAGAUUGGCAACUAUAGCGAAAAGCGCUCUAUUGAUACGACCAUCGAGGUGCCGCCCUCUGUACAGAACAAUGGCACUCUUUGGGGCCACUUCUAUGUUUCACUGCCCGGUAGCCAGCCCGAUCCUCAUGUGGAGACCUACGACCCAGCCUCCGCCUACUACUUUGCAUUCCCUCUCACCCAGUACAUUCCCAAGAAGAAAGAGUUCAAGACCAGGUCCCUUCUGGAGGGCAAGGCCGAGGAGGACGUAGAAGAAGUGGCCGAGGAACAGGAGACCGGUCCCAUCAUUGCCAGUUACUACCACCCGAAUGCCAGCUUCUCCAUCAUUCCUAACACCGGAGUGCUCGACUACCGCCAGACCCAUCCCGCGAUUCGCCAAUUCCUCCAAGUCGAACCGACUGGUGCCAGAGAUGGCUCCGGGAAGCAUUCUUGGUAUUACCCUAUUCUAUUUGUCAACACCUUUUGGCAACUCAAGAGUCAAAUGAUCCUGCUCAAUGACACAGUCACAUCUGUUCCUCUGCAUAUUGACUUGAACAACAUGCGUUCAUGGCAAUUCAACACCCUGGCUGCGAUUGAGGCCAGUGCCAAGGAGUCAGCACGUCAGGCUGCUUACGGUGGAUCGCUCCCCGGUGGCGGUGACGGCUCCGAGAUUGAGAUGGUCAAGGAAAUCUUUGGUGACACGAACCCGAUUCUCCUCGGCAUUACCAUCAUUGUCAGUAUUGCGCACAUGAUUCUGGAAACGCUCGCUUUUGGUUCCGACAUUGCGCACUACCGCAAGAAGAAGGACAACGUUGGAAUCUCUGUCCGCUCCAUUCUGGCGAAUGUGUUCAUGCAGUCCGUUAUCCUGCUUUACCUUAUCGACAAUUCGCAAAACACCAGCUGGAUGAUUCUGGGUGGUCAGGGUAUCGGCAUCGUUAUUGAGCUGUGGAAGAUCACCACCAUUGUCAACGUUGCAAUCAAGGCUGCUCCACCAGGCUCAUUGCUACCAUUCAAAAUCGUCGUGGAGGACAAGCAUAAGCUUAGCGAGACGGAGGAAAAGACCAAGGAGUACGACGAGAUUGCCUUCAAGUACAUGUACAUGGCUGGUGUGCCUCUGCUCAUCGGCUACGCCAUCUACUCAUUGGUCUACGAGACGCACAAGUCUUGGUACUCGUACAUCAUCGCCACACUUGUCGGGUCGGUAUAUGCUUACGGCUUCCUCAUGAUGGUCCCUUCACUUUACAUCAACUACCGACUCAAGAGCGUUGCCCACAUGCCCGGCAAGGCCAUGAUCUACAAGUUCCUCAACACCUUCAUCGACGACCUUUUCGCAUUCACCAUCAAGAUGCCCUUCCUUCACCGUCUGUCUACUUUCCGCGACGAUAUCAUCUUCUUCAUCUACAUCUACCAACGCUGGGCAUACAGAAUCGACUACACUCGUGUUAACGAGUUUGGCCAGGGUGGCGAGGAUGAAGAGGAGGACGAUGCGGCCAAGGCCAAGGCUAAGGAGCUGCUUGAGAGCGACCCCACUAUUGAGAAGGUGAAGCAAGUGGCGGGUAAGGCCACAGGUGCCGACACCGGCAAGGCAAAGAAGAGAAAGUAAGGAAAAUGCUACACGGCAGAGGAAGAGAGUGUGGCCAAGAUCGUGUACACCAGAGGCCUGGGUACAAUUAUCACAUUGGAGACUUGGCAACUAUGUGCCCUGGACUCUGAGACUGCGUGAUGGCUAGCAUAGAUGGGGCAUAUUGUAGCCGCCUCACAUAGUUAAUCGAGGACAUUAGUCCAGAAAUGUGAUCAAGUCCAGUCUC